AUGAACUCUACAUUGUCUUCCUGUCUUAUGGUGGUUCUCUCGGUCGUUCUGAUGAUUUUAAACAAGAACAAUGGCUGGAAAAUGCGUUUGGCAAAUAAGCUUCAACGUUCAUUUUCUAAAAUGACCAAACAUGUACCGAUAUCUACUGGUUUUCGACUGGAAGAAUCCAAGCAUUUUAAUAACCCGGUAGGACUCUCAGAGGUGUAUGAUUCGCUGAUUUAUUUGCAAGAAUACCGGGCCAGAGCACUCAAAUACAAUGCAACGCUUUACCAUAUGUCCAAAAGUGUAAAUCCGGCCCAAAUCGAGCAAUUGAGGGCUCUGCAGUACUUUGAAAAACUCGAGCAAAUCAAUGAUGCUAUCGGUGACAAUAGCUCGACUACGCAGCUUAUUGUGGAGAACUCACUCAUCAAACUGCUGCGUAACAAUCAACUCGAUAAUGAAUACGGUAAAGAGCUGCUUUCUGUUGCCAAAGGUUUGGGUUUCGAGGUAGAUAGCCAGUCAGCUUUGAAGCGGAUUUCAGUGCACAAACUUACGCUUUCUCCAAGUUCGAAACAAUCGCGCGUCAAUGAAGCCAUUUCCCAUAUGUGUCGAGACUGGCACUCCAGUUUUCAGUCAGAGCGCCAACCACUGGUUGAUUUUAUCCAAUCAAGACUCAAGGGCCUCAAACUAAAAGGUAAGACACUACUGGUGGUGCCUGGAUCGGGACUAGGAGGACUGGCCUACGAAAUCGCCUGUGCUUUCUCCACCUUCGACGUCCACUCUGUUGAACUCUCCACGCUAAUGUAUCUCUGCAACGAAUUUGUGCUAGACUAUGACGGCACAGUCAACAUCAAACCGUUCGCACAACACUUCUCGGGUCAGCUUUCUGUACAACAACAGGUGACUGGAUUUGACAUAAACCUAUCCAAAAUCCGCAGGCCCGCAAACCUUAAAGUUCAUCUAGGCAAUUUUUGUGACUUUCAACCUGGUGCUACUUACGACAACAUAGUGGUGCUGUCUGCGUUCUUCAUAGACACAGCGGAAAAUGUAUUUGAUUACUUUGAUGCUAUUGAAGGACUCAAGAGUUUCUGCUUGAAGCUACACUGGAUAAACAUAGGCCCAUUGAAGUAUGGAACCAGGCCUAAAGUACAGUUCACGGAUGAAGAAUUGAAAAGUUUGCGCAGCAUUAGAAAAUGGAAAGAUCUCUACCACGACGCUGAUACUAAAAAGCUAUGCGGCUAUGUCACAAACGAAAAGUCCUUGUAUCAAGGUUAUUACGGACUGGUUAGAUUUCAUUCAGUAUAUACGGGAGAAUGA